CCUGGCGAUCGGCCCAGUGUGCGGCGGCCGCAGUGGCCCGGCCGGCGGUGCCGAGGGAGGGUCGCGGCCUGGACUGUCCGGUCGGGAGGGGGCGCGGUCAGGCCUUUCCAGUCGACCGCUCGGAAGAGGACCAGUCACAGCGGACAACAGGCACCAGAAAGGAGGAAGAUCCGGUGGACGAGAGGUCCAUCAGACUGGAGAACUGGAAGAGGACUCUGGAGAUGAGUAUUCGGUGCUCCACACCCAUCAACCCCGAGGCGUUGCAGGAGAAAUAUGAAGAUGUGUUCUCCGAUCAGCUGGGGGAGAUCAGAGGCAUCGACGCUGACAUCGAGCUGGACGACAAUGCCAGACCACGGUUCUUCCGGAGCCGGCCGGUACCGUUUCCACUGAGGGAGAAGGUGAACCAGGAGCUCGACAGGCAGCUGGAGGAAGGUGAGCUCUACCCGGUACAGGAGAGCGAGUGGGCCGCACCCUUGGUAAUUGUCAAGAAGCCGGGAGGAAAUGUGCGGAUCUGUGCCGACUUUAAAGUCACAGUUAACAGAUAUGUCAAACAGCAGUCGUAUCCGCUACCGACUACGGAGGAGAUGUUUAGCUGCCUCUCGGGGGGAGAGUCGUACACAAAACUGGACUUAGCAAACGCAUAUAAACAGCUACGCGUCUCGGAAAAAGUCAGGAACUGCUUACGGUCAAUACGCCACGAGGGCUGAUGCGUCACCGGAGGCUGCCAUUUGGCCUGAAUAUUGCUCCCAAUAUUUGGCAAAGAACGAUGGAUAGCAUUUUGCAAGGUCUGAAGGGUGUCGCGUGCUAUCUUGAUGAUAUUUUGGUGACCGGAUCCUCUCGCCAGGAGCACGUGGACAACCUCGAACAACUGCUCAGUCGCCUUCAGCAGUACGGUGUGCGGCUGCGCCGCGAGAAGUGCCGCUUCUUCCAGAGGUCUGUGGAGUUCUUGGGAUACACUCUCACCACCGAGGGAGUGCGACCGAGCGAAAAGAAGGUGAGAGACAUGCUGGCUAUGCCGGCACCAAAGAACGCCAAGGAGCUGCUGACAUUCCUGGGUAUGGUCACAUACAACGCAAAGUUCCUUCCUCAUCUGUCCACCGUCCUUAGACCGUUGUACGAUCUCACCAAGAGAGAUACCGUGUGGAACUGGUCCCCAAAAUGCCAGGAGGCAUUCUCUGAGGUAAAGUCCAUGCUCGCAGACGCUGGCUGCUUGACUCACUACGAUCUGGGUAAGCGAGUCAAGGUGUAUUGUGAUGCCUCGGCGUACGGCCUGGGAGCGUGUAUGGUGCACGUGGACGGGUCGGGGGAGCGUCCGAUCGCGUUUGCGUCUCGUACACUGACAGAGGCCGAGAGAAAGUAUGCGCAAAUAGAAAGGGAGGCACUGGCCAUAAUCUUUGCCGUCAAGCGGUGGCAUCAGUACUUGUGUGGCCGUUCCUUCACGCUAGUCACCGACCACAAGCCGCUGUGUCACAUUUUCGGACCACACACACAAGUUCCGUCUGUGGCUGCAGCGCGUCUUCAGCGGUGGGCACUCAUUCUGAGCAUGUACCAGUACGAUGUAGAAUAUCUGCCGGGCAGUCGGAACGUAGCUGCUGAUGCCCUCAGCCGACUGCCGGGGCCAGAUACAUGUGAUCGAACCGUGCAUGUGUUGGAGGACGUUGAGGAGGGCUGUUGUGCCGUUGAUGACGUCUUGCCUGUCACUGCAGCCCAGGUGGCGUCUGCCACCGCCAAGGAUCCGGUGCUCAGCGUGGUGCUCGGCUGGGCUCGAACCGGCGCCUGGCCCGGGCACGCGAACGACAGCCGGUUGAAGCCGUACCUGCAGCGGAGAGAGCAGCUCACCGUAAUCGACGGCUGCGUACAGCUCGGUGAGAAGGUAGUCAUACCUGACAGAUACAGAGCUCAGCUACUGAAGGAGCUUCAUGAAGGCCAUGUUGGCAUUCAUAAGAUGAAGUCACUGGCUAGGGUGUUCCUCUGGUGGCCAGGGCUAGAUGGAGAUAUUGAAAAAGUAUGCCGUUCGUGUCCGUCCUGUGUCGAGAACGCGAACAUGCCCAAACCAGAGAAUGUACACCCGUGGAAAUACCCAGUUCAGCCUUGGGACAGAGUCCACAUUGAUUUUGCCACUUUUGAAGGAAAAACCUACCUUUUGCUCGUUGAUGCUUACUCAAAAUGGCCAGAAGUGCGAUACAUGUCUAGCACAACGGCUACUAAGACCAUCGAAGUGUUGACGGACAUUUUUGCAACGCAUGGUUUUCCGGUGACGUUGGUGUCAGACAAUGGCCCGCCGUUUACCUCUGGAGAGUUUCAGAGCUACCUGGCAGCGCGAGGUAUUCAUCACCGUCUGACACCGCCGUACCACCCAGCGUCAAACGGGCAGGCGGAGUCUCUGGUACGUACCUUCAAAGCUUUCCUCAAGAGGUAUGCAGGACCCAGAACCACAGCAGUAGCACAAUUUCUGGCAAAAUACAGAACGACUCCAUGCGUCACAACAGCCCGGGCACCCGCCGAAUUGCUUUUUGGGAGACUGCCUCGGACAAAGCUCUCGCUCCUCAAGCCCAGUGUUGCAGCGCGGAUGCGACAUGAGCCUGUCGACACUGUCUCACGAUCAUUUCUUGCAGGUCAACCUGUCUUGGUUCGAGAUCUGCGGCCAGCAGCGACCGAGAAAUGGCAGCGCGCUGUCGUCGUCGCCAUUGGAGGCCCACUGACGUACAGCGUGCGGCUGCCGGACGGUCGCAUACGUCUCGCCCACGUGGAUCAUCUGCUGGCCGACGGCUCUGCUUCUGUGACGGCUGAGCGUGGGCCCCUCGAUGCGCGGGUGACGGUGCCGCCUCCGACGGAGCCGGGAAAGCUUCGCGGUCCAGCAGUGCCAUGUGUGAUGGACGCUAGGGGGCGUUUUCUGUAUAUCAGUGAUUAUAAUAAGCGAGCAACAUGCGAGGGCAAUCGUGGCGCGCGUGCAUCAGAGCCGGUAGAAGCGGCGCCGGCCUUGCGGCGCUCUGCUCGGCUGGCUAAAAAAACUUGUUAAAGGGGGAGGAGUGCUGUGAGUGAACGCCGUCUAUUUGCUGCAUGUGCUGGUCGUGUGACCGCUCGUGUGACCGCUCGUGUGACCGCCCGAUUCGUGCGGCUGGGCUGCCGCUCGGCGCAGCUGACCGACCGACUGCCUGGGGGCGGGGUCGAAGGUCGGGGAGCUGCGCGGUCGAGACGAACCGCCGCUGACCGACUGAUGGUCACUCUCUGACCGGCCGUGAUCCAAUACAGUCCGUCUGAUGAA